AACCGUGCUGACAAUAUUAUUUCUUUGAAAGAAGUGCAAAUUGUCUUGUGUGAGUUUCCUGACGCUGCUGUCUUCCAGAUGUGCCGGGCAGCUGUUAAUCCUAUCCGUCGUCUCGAGAUCCCCCGCUUGGCUUGGACGAAAAGGAUCGAAGGCAUUAAGAGACCCAUCCCCGGAGAUAAUAGCCCACCGUGUGCAUUGACAACCCAUCCCCUCACCUCCGGGCAUCUCUCGCCGCCUCCGCCUCCCCGGCUGCCAGCUGUAACUGCGAAAUCCCAGCAGGAGAGGGCGGUGUGGCUGACCGGCAUUGUGAUGCCUUCGGGCCCCGAGGCCUUCUGGGAGUUGUGGUUCCGGGCUCUCUGCUGCGCCUCGCGUGAGCCAAUGGACGCGCGGCAGGGACGGAGCAUGCGCCUUGGCGUCCAAGCCGACGCCAUUGGCAUGGAGGGGCUUAAGGCGUUUUCAAACCGGCGGGCGGGAGAGCCAGGAGGUCCCGCCGGGGAUGCAGUUCUUGAAAGCUUCAGGAAAAAUUACAGAAGGCCCCUGAAUGAAAAGUAAUGUCCUGCUUGGUCAAAAAAAGUAACAUCUGUUCUCCAGAAUCAACUGUGUCAUCUCUCCUAGCGAGUGGUAAUUUUAAGAGUGGCCAUGAUUCCUUGAGUCACAGUUCAAUCCAAUACAAGGACAAAUGGUAUAGUUCUGCCUCUCAAGCUUUAGAGGCCUAUAUUAAAGAUUUCAAUCUCAGUCUUUCAUCGUCAGACGUCAGAACUGGAAAAAUUGAAAUUCUUCCGAGGGCUCCUGAAAACUUCAAAUCCUCAAAGGACAAUUUCGAGUCCAAGAGUGAAAAUGUCAAGCAGCGUACACUUCUUGGAAGAAGAAUUGUUUGUGAGCCAGAUAUAGUUAGUCUGACUACAGAUAAUCUUUUAGCAUUUCCUGAAGAUGGUUCCCCCUCUUUCAGGAUUUCUAGGUCAUUAGCUCAGAGAAGCAAUGUGAACAGGAGGUCCUGGACGACAUCUGCUUCUUGUUCUCAUCACUGGACUUCAUCCGUCCACGAUAAAAAAAAAGAAGAUUCUUUGAAAAAUUCCUUGCUUCCUUCCUCAUACCAUGAAGGUAGCAGAAAAAAGGGUACACGAUAUAAAUUUCAAAAACAUCAUUCUCUGCUGCCUGGAAAUGACCAGCUUGCGAGCCGAGAGACAGUGCUUCAUAAGAAUUAUCCAAGAUGGCUGACAAACCAUAAAACUGAGUUGAGCAUUUCAGAUCUAAGCAGUAUUCCUGAAUGCAAAUAUCCCAUCUGGCUGAAGAAUCAUAAUCUCUUAUUGGAUCCAAGUAAUGAAAAUUCCACACAGACCUCACAUGUGUCUUUGCAAGAUAAUCAGGAGUUGGUGGAGUUUCAAAAUAUUAAAAGACAUAAUGAUGUGGUGAGCCUAAGUCACGAGUGUGAUGCUCAAUCACAUCGCUCCAAAGAUUCUCCAUGUGCCUGUUUUCUAUUGAAGGGCUUAAGAGAGCACAAGGAUCCGCUUAUAGAUGACACAGAGAAACUGAUUCAGAAAGCAAGGAGGGCACUGGAACCUUCCGCUAAGCAAUCAACCAGUCUCCUGAAAAAUGAUGGGAGUCCAAGUACAGUGGAUGUACUAGAAGCAGAAAGAUUGUGGGAUAAUGUUCCAAUUGGUUUAAAAUCUCCGGUACCUGUAUCCUGUGUAGAGGAGAAUUCGCCACCAAACCCCAAGGCAAGGAUGGUCAAUAACUUUUUAGAAGACUGUUUGCAUAACGAUCAACAGGAGAGCACGUUUUCGGGUGGAAAUCAUCAUGGUCCUGUAGAAGCUUUGAAACUCAUGCUAUUUAACCUUCAAGCAGUUCAGCACAGCUUUCACAAGAACAAAUCUGACAGACCAAAGGAAGAGUCCCCAAAAGUUUCAAAUGAAGAUGAAAAUAUUAAGUUGAUCGAUUGUGAUAUGAUCCCUGUGGCCCGAUCUCUUCAGAGAGCUUUGCAUCAUUUAUCUCGACUUAAAGGAUUGGUUGACGAUACGGGUGGUAGAGAAGAAUCAACAGAAUCGCUCAAGACAUGAAGCAUUGAUCAUAAAUAU